AAUAAUCAUGGGAAUAAUAGCUGGGAACAAAAAAUGGUGGUAGCCAGAAGGGUAUGAGUGGAAUUGCUAUUGAAUAUUCACUGUCAGUGAGUCUCAGGGUUAUUGGAUGCACGAAGAACAGUAUAAAUAACCAGAAUAAUUGAUUUUUAGAUUUAUUCAUACCACAUUAAAGAGUAUAAAUGCUAAGAAAUUAGUACUUACAAACCCGUUACUAAAAUAAACUUAAUUUUGAGACUUGUGUGAUUAGACAACAUUGACUGGAACCAUGGGGGAUGAGACACAAGUUUCCAGCACAAAGUUUGAUCCAGGUGUGAAUCAGGAUGAACUUAUCAUGCAGCAGCAGCGACAGAUAGAAAAGGAGAUUUCUGAGACAACUGCAUUAGUUGGUGAUAUGGAAGGAUUUGGAACGCUUGAAGAUGAGUAUGCUGGGGAUGAUAUCUAUUGCCAGAAGGUACAUGAUUUGGCAGGAAAGUACAAGAGCAUGCGCCGCACCAGACCAGAUGGCAAUUGCUUCUUCCGUGCAUUUAGUUAUGCUUACUUGGAACAACUUCUUGAUAAUCGUGAAGAAUAUGACAGGUUCCAUGAUUUGGCGACCAAGAGCAAAGACAACUUGGUGGCACUAGGAUUUCCACAGUUCACUGUUGAGGACUUCCAUGACACUUUUAUGGAAGUUGUGGAUCAUGUGGGACAGGGACCUAGUUCUUUCUCACAGCUGGACCUACACAAGCUGUUCAACGAACAGGGUUACUCCGAUUACGUUGUUGUGUACCUGCGCCUCAUAACAUCUGGGCAACUUCAGCGGGACUCUGAUUUCUACCAACAUUUUAUUGAAGGAGAUCGUUCUGUUGCUGACUUCUGUCAUCAGGAGGUAGAGCCAAUGUAUAAAGAGAGUGAUCAUAUCCAUAUCAUAGCCCUGAGCACAGCUUUGAAUGUUGGAGUUCGCGUGCGGUACAUGGAUCGAGGUGAAGCAUCUGAAGUGAUCGCACAUGACUUCCCAGAGGGGAGCCACCCAGCUGUCCACCUCCUGUAUCGGCCAGGCCACUAUGACAUCCUCUAUCCAUGAUCUAUAGUAUAUAGGUAUCGCCUACUGCUGUGUGUGAUGCAGUUCAUUGUAGCCAACCUAUGAGUGACUGCAAGUGAAUAUCAGCAUUUCUCUUUGAACUGAUCUUUGCAUUUAAUUUAUAAAUAUUAUAGUGAUUAUUAAGGUAUAACUGACUACAGUGUGUCAGAUGUGUGACUUGCGUCACUGUAAAGAGUGUGGCCGUUACUGUGUCUUGCUCGUUGCUGUUUACUUUCUCUCUUUUUUGCACUAGUUAGACUCAUGUGUACAGUCAAGUUCUGUUUUCUGUGCUGUAUGCUUCAAAACUUAGUGCUAAAAAUGUACAAUAUAAUAUUAAGAUUUGUGUUUGUUGCAGUUGACAUUUUAAUCAAACCUUGUUUAUUUCAGAAAUGAAAAGUAUCUAUGCAAAUGAUUGUUAUGAAUUGGUUCCAGCAGUUUCUUGACAGUGUUGAUUCUUGAAUAUUAUGUAGUUCUUGUAUUUAUUGAUAAACCCAGGAAAAAUGCAAGGGAUGAAUGAUUGUUCCAUA